UCUUAACAAUCUCUAAAGUUCUGAGUAAAAAUACUAUUAAGAUAAAUUAAAAAUAAUAUAACAAUUAAAAUUGACAUUUAAAUAAAUUAAUUGGCUAUCAAAGAUGGUGUUCAAAUCAUUGACACUUUUUGCCCGCGUCCGCGGUCCAGAUGAAUUUUGGCGUAAAAGAAAAAUAUUCAAAUUAGCUGCUCACUUUUUCGGCCGGAGAAGAAAUUGUUACUCAAUAACAAUCAAAGGGAUCCAUAAAUCUCUUAUGUUUUGCUUCAGAGGUAGAAAAUUAAGACGUCGUCAGAUAAGUGAUUUAUGGGAUACGAGACUAGAAGCAGCAUGCCUCCAACACGGAAUUUCACCUAAAAUAUUAAAAGAAGGAUUAUCAAGGAAUGAAAUGUUUUUAAACCGUAAAGUACUCGUGGAUUUAGCAAUCUGGGAACCAAGAACAUUCAAGUCGUUAGCUAAAAUAGCGUGGUCAAGGUGUAAAAUCGAUGGAUUAAAUAACGUCCAACAUUUGAAUCUUCCUACGGGUGUUAUUACCCGCGGAAUGCUCAAAUAAAUCUAUCUAAGAACGAUUUAUACUGAAUCAAAUCACCCAUAAAAGUAUAUUAGAAAUAAAAAAAAACAAUUAUCUGUGCAUUUGAAGCUUUAUUUGGUCAGAAUAGUUACAUCAUUAAUUAAAUAUAUCAUUAUCAACAACAAUAAA